AUGCCGCCACGGAGGUCCCACAAGAAGUCCAGGGCGGGCUGCCGGAGAUGCAAGACCAGGAAGAUCAAGUGCGACGAAGUCCACCCGCGCUGCGGCAAUUGCCUCAAGCAUGGCGUCGCCUGCGACUUCGAACACCCCGAGCUGGCCGAGUCUCUCGCGAUCCCAGAUACCCCCGCGACCGCAGCGUCACCAAGCUUCUGCGAUAGUCCCGCCACCAGCAGACCGCCUCCGACCCCGGAAAUGGCUGCAAAUGCGCCGUUGAAGAUAUAUAGACAUCCGGACCCGCCGCCAAUCAGCCCGACUUCUAAGAACAACAGAAUGAUGGAACUACGAUUGCUCCAUCACUAUACUACAAUAACCUGCAAGACAUUGCUUAUCGCCGAUCCCAUGAGCGAGGCCAUUUUCAGGGAUACGGUGCCUAGUCUGGCCUUCACUGGUGCCAACUUCCUGGCGGAUGCUAUACUUGCGGUUUCGGCUUUGCAUCUGCGGUCAGCACAGCCGCAUGACCAAGCUCUUGUAAGGGCUAGUCACGCAUAUAUGGCGUCCUCGUUGUCCGAGUACAGCACCAGCUUGAGCAAGGGAAUCAAUGAAACGAAUGCCGAGGCACUCUUUCUCACAGCAACGCUGAUCGCCUUCCAGUCCACGGCGUCUCGCAUUUUCAUGCGUGAGGAUGGAGGCGAUACCAAGGAUCGCACUGGCGGCUAUGCACUGCCGAUAUCCUGGUUUCACUCUUUCCAGGGAAUCAAAACUAUUGUCGCGACAAGUUGGCAAUGGUUGCGGAACAGCGGGAUCGUCGUGCCUAUCAUUCAAUCACAGCCGGCACUCGAUCUGAACAUGAGUUCCCAAGGUUCGACUUUCUUCGGAAAUUUGCUAGAUGGCAUGGAAGAGGAGCUUGCAGCCCAAGAUCCGGAUGAUUCGACACGGGAUAAGUCCCGGCAAGCAUACCAACACGCAGUUGCUGUGUUGAACUGGGCGCAUAAGAUACCGCUCACCGGAGCGCCGAUUGUCUUCCUCGCCACUGUAUCUCGACGAUAUAUGGAACUAUUGCAAGCCCGUCGACCGCGGGCUCUGGCUAUAUUGGCCUGUUUCUUUGGCCUCCUGAAGAGCCUUGAUAGCGUCUGGUGGCUGAAAGGGAUAGCGCGUCGCGAGGUCAUGGGGAUUUUGUCACUCUUCGACCCGGACGAUCAAGAAUGGUGGCCGCGGCUGCAAUGGCCGGUGCGGAUGGCCGUAUACGAUGGGGACAUUAUACCGCCAGAUGUUUGGGGUGCUGACUGGACUGGUGGCAUAUCACUCUUAGCCCAGUCCAACCAGACCGGGGGAGGGUUUAUCUCACACAUCGAACUGUUGAGUCAGAUGGCCAGCGCGAUGCAAACCAUGCCGAAUGUACCGGCUGAGACAAUGGUGGAUGCAGCGUAUACGACUGCUGAGGGGCAGAUCUCAUCGCAAGAAGGUGUAUCGCCGAUCUUGGCUCACGAUCUCGUGCACGGUUUAGGCCAGGGCCUGGACCCCAAUCAAGCCUACCAAAGCUUGCUGCACAUACCGCCUCUAGAUUGA